GAAUUAAUUAUGAUCUAAGAUAAUAAUGAUCAGAGAUUAACGAAUAACUUUUGAUUAGUUAAAUCCGUUUGAUCGAGUUGAGUGAGAAACAAUUGGAAUGUAUAAAUAUUGUUUCGGCAACAAUUAAAUGAGCAAUUGAAUCAAGUAAUCAUGUUAGUCUCAUUUAUUUUAUUAACUUUCCUCGUUAAUUUCCACCUCGAUGAAGCUUGUUUCAUCACUAAUUGUCCACCCGGAGGAAAAAGAUCUCAUGGUGCAAUUGACCAUAUGAGAGAAUGUCUUCGUUGUGGUCCAGGUAACAAAGGUCAUUGUGUCAAUUCAAAUGUUUGUUGUGGUUUAGACUUUGGGUGUUUAGUUAACAAUCAGUAUUCGGAUCCAUGUAGAGUUGAAAACUUCAUCCCGAUACCAUGUAAAGUCCCUGGUAAACUCCGUUCAUCAGGUCAAGGAGUCUGUGUUUCCAAUGGGAUCUGCUGUAGUUCAGGUGAUUAACAGUCAGUGUAACUUUUUACAAAUAUAAAAAAGCACCUGAAUGGUUGAUUGUUCAAAAAGAGAAUUAAGUUAAAUAGUAGUAAUCAUAAUUUACUAAUUGCAAUCAUCCCGACCCACAAGGAA